AUGGGCAUGCAAGAAGUAGCAGACUGGUAUUCACGAAACUGUGGAAUUAAAAUAUCUCCCGGUGUUUCGGUUGACAAAUCACUGCUACAAACUCCUGAGUCGGGUUCUGGGUUGAUUGUUGAUCUAUCCAAUGCCGAAAAUUAUAGGUUACAGGAUAGCAGCCUAGUUGAAGUACUGCGCAUACCAAGGUCGAGCACUUUUUCAGUGGAAGCCAUAAUGGGAUGGUUAAAUGAUGACGACGACGAGACUUAUGAGUUUAUUGAUUCCAAAAAGGAGCUAAAGCGAUAUAUCGGAAUGUUUCUUGAUGACCAAGACCAUCAUUCAUUCAUUAGUGAAACGAACAUUCUAAUUGUAUAUUUUGGUAUCGUCGCAAUUCUUCUAGCGGAUGGUUACGCUUUUCAACAAAAUUUGACGUAUUACUUGAAGGAAGUUCUGUUGAAAACAGAUGCUUCCAUACCUGUUACAUCGGUGUUUUUAGAUGAAGUUGCUAGUGCCUAUUAUUGCCAUUAUAGGAAUGGGUUUCAAGAAUUGUUUGUGUCCAAGCUACUACAGUUCUACUCACAGGUUUUCACCGACUUCAACGAAGAGGUUAUCCUUAAAGUGAUCAGCGGUGUAGUUUCUCGCUGUUUAGAAAUUCCGGAAGAAGCAGAUUCAAAUACUGACGAUUUUAUGGUGAGUACAACAUUGGUUCCAGUUCUUGAUUUUGUUAACCAUGAUAAUGAGCUUACAAAUGCAUAUUUUGAUAUCGACCGUAAAACCAACGAUAUACUGCUAAUGCUAGAUCUUAAUAAAUGUACGAGAAAAUCAAACCUAUGUGAAAUAUUUAUAAGCUAUUCCCCUGUAGAAGAGCUGGUACACUUUAUGAACACAUAUGGAUUUUUCCCUCAAGCUAACAAGAAAGUACAGUUCUGGAACCUCACUAUUUCCGUGAAUUUACUUGCUACAGGUGGUCUUGAAUGCUGUUGCUCAGAUAUUCUACGGUUUUAUUCUAAAUUGCAUAUUUUCCCCUACUUAGAGCUAGUGCUGUUAAAUGAACGCAUUUGGAUAAACGAUACGAACCCUACAACUCUUGAAAUGCUUCUACCAUUCAUGCCAUAUGUUGAUAUGUUUAAUAAUAAUCCCAACUCUGAGGAAUUUAAGAUACUAGCCCAAUUACAACAUAAUCCAGCCAAAGUACCACCGAUUGUUCAAAUAGAUAAGAAAGCCAUUUCUGGUGUUAUAUCUGCCGAAGCUUUGCUUGUAGCGAAGGACCGAAUGCUACAAUUUCUUUGCAGCUACAUUACAACUCUACUGAAAAGCACCGAAAAUAUCCCUUCCAUGCAAGGCCCUCUUAAAGAACUAUCCGUGAAGGAAGCUAGCCUUCUUGAAGUUCUCAAAAAUCAGAUUGAAGAAGGAAAUAACUCUCUAUUCUGGUCGCAAGCAAACAUCCCAAACUAUAAGCUCCCUAUAUGCCCUCCACCGUCACCAAGCCCGGAUUACAUUUCUACUAUGUCAGAGAUCAAUGCUGAACAAGCUGGUAUUCCCGCAAACCUCCAUGAAAGCUGA